GGGCUGAAGUCCGGCUGAUGAAGGGCGGAAGUUGAGUUUGGGUCCAAACCCGCAAUCAUGGCGCAGGAAGGGGAAGAUGUAAGAGAUUACAAUUUGACUGAGGAGCAGAAGGCGAUCAAGGCCAAGUAUCCUCCAGUCAGUCGGAAGUACGAGUAUUUGGAUCAUACAGCUGAUGUCCAGUUACAUGCUUGGGGAGACACUCUGGAGGAAGCUUUCGAACAGUGUGCAAUGGCCAUGUUUGGUUACAUGACAGAUACUGGGACUGUGGAGCCCCUGCAAACAAUAGAAGUACAAACCCAAGGCGAUGACUUACAGUCUCUUCUGUUUCACUUUUUGGAUGAGUGGCUUUAUAAAUUCAGUGCUGAUGAAUUCUUCAUACCCCGGGAAGUCAAAGUACUUAAUAUUGACCAAAGAAAUUUCAAAAUACGGUCAAUUGGGUGGGGAGAAGAAUUCUCAUUGUCCAAGCACCCUCAGGGAACUGAAGUCAAAGCAAUAACGUACUCAGCAAUGCAGGUCUAUAAUGAAGAGAAGCCAGAAGUUUUUGUGAUCAUUGACAUUUAAGAUACCAAAAAAAAAAAGAGAGAGAGAGAUUCCUAUGAAGAACUGUUUUUUUCUCUUCCUUUUGACAAGAUACCAUGAUAUAAACUCUGCAUGGAGAAUUUACAUAUGGAGUUUUGCAGAACAGAAAUUUUUUGACUUAAAGUGUGACAUUCAGAAAUGAAAAAUCAAGGUACAGCCUUGGUCUUUGUUACCCAAAUAAUCAAACUUUAAAUAAUUCUUUAAGUGGCAAGUAUGGCUCCUCCUCUGUUAAUUCCCCUUUAUAGCAGCAGGUGCCUUACGCCUUUCCAGCAGAAUGCAAGUCCUCCCGCCUGGUCCCAAGAACGAUCACUGAUGUGAGAGCAGCCCGAGAGACACUGAAGCCCCUGUACUCUUACUUAAUGCACCUUGGAAAAAAUGUAAUUUGAGAAAUCCUACAGCCAGUAUUUUGCUUUUCUUCCAAUGUGGUUAACACAUAUAUUUUCUAUAUGUACAUUAAAAGAGGUUGUGUUUUGGAUUGCUGUGGGACAGAGCCCAAUCCUGUACUCUAGUUGGUUUUCUUAGAUGAAAUAAUUAUAUUUGAACAAUUGGAA